UUGUGCUUCCCACAGAAGAUGGGAGCGACCUCUUCCUGAUCGGGAGCUGUUUAAAGGAGGGAGUGCGCCGUGUUUCCUACUAGCGCGGAGGAUCGGAGAAGAAUCCAUUCACACUCCCCAAACCAGUAGGUUGUGACAGUUGGAAGUGUCAUCUACAACAUGCUGCGAUUAAGUCUUUCACCCACCUUUUCAAUGGGAUUACAUCUGUUAGUUAUCCUGGCUCUCUUAUUUUCCCAUGUGGACCGCGUAAUUGCGGAGACAGAAAUGGAAGGAGAAGGAAAUGAAACUGGUGAAUGUACUGGCUCAUAUUACUGUAAGAAAGGGGUGAUUUUGCCCAUCUGGGAGCCCCAAGACCCUUCUUUUGGGGACAAAAUUGCUAGAGCUACUGUGUAUUUUGUGGCCAUGGUCUACAUGUUUCUUGGAGUCUCUAUCAUAGCUGAUCGGUUCAUGUCCUCUAUAGAAGUCAUCACAUCUCAAGAAAAAGAAAUAACCAUAAAGAAACCCAAUGGAGAGACCACCAAGACAACUGUGAGGAUCUGGAACGAGACAGUUUCCAACCUGACCCUGAUGGCCCUGGGAUCUUCUGCUCCUGAGAUUCUCCUUUCAGUAAUUGAAGUGUGCGGCCAUAACUUCACUGCAGGAGACCUCGGUCCUAGCACCAUCGUGGGAAGUGCUGCGUUCAAUAUGUUCAUCAUUAUUGCACUCUGUGUUUACGUGGUCCCUGACGGAGAGACAAGGAAGAUUAAGCAUUUGCGUGUGUUCUUUGUGACGGCAGCCUGGAGCAUCUUUGCCUACACCUGGCUUUACAUUAUUUUGUCUGUCAUCUCUCCUGGUGUUGUGGAGGUCUGGGAAGGUUUGCUUACUUUCUUCUUCUUUCCCAUCUGUGUUGUGUUCGCUUGGGUAGCAGAUAGGAGACUACUUUUUUAUAAGUAUGUCUACAAGAGGUAUCGAGCUGGCAAGCAAAGGGGCAUGAUUAUUGAACAUGAAGGAGACAGGCCAUCUUCCAAGACUGAAAUUGAAAUGGAUGGGAAAGUGGUCAAUUCUCAUGUUGAAAAUUUCUUAGAUGGUGCUCUGGUUCUGGAGGUGGAUGAGAGGGACCAAGAUGAUGAAGAAGCUAGGCGAGAAAUGGCUAGGAUUCUGAAGGAACUUAAGCAGAAACAUCCAGAGAAAGAAAUAGAGCAAUUAAUAGAAUUAGCUAACUACCAAGUCCUAAGUCAGCAGCAAAAAAGUAGAGCAUUUUACCGCAUUCAAGCUACUCGCCUGAUGACAGGAGCUGGCAACAUUUUAAAACGGCAUGCAGCUGACCAAGCAAGGAAGGCUGUCAGCAUGCAUGAGGUCAACACCGAAGUGGCUGAAAACGACCCUGUUAGUAAGAUCUUCUUUGAACAAGGGACAUAUCAGUGUCUGGAAAACUGUGGUACUGUGGCCCUUACUAUUAUCCGCAGAGGUGGUGAUUUGACCAACACUGUGUUUGUUGACUUCAGAACAGAGGAUGGCACAGCAAAUGCUGGGUCUGAUUAUGAAUUUACUGAAGGAACUGUGGUGUUUAAGCCUGGUGAGACCCAGAAGGAAAUUAGAGUGGGUAUCAUCGAUGAUGAUAUCUUUGAGGAGGAUGAAAAUUUCCUUGUGCAUCUCAGCAAUGUCAAAGUGUCUUCCGAAGCUUCAGAAGAUGGCAUACUGGAAGCCAAUCAUGUUUCUACACUUGCUUGCCUCGGUUCUCCCUCCACUGCCACUGUAACUAUUUUUGAUGAUGACCACGCAGGCAUUUUUACUUUUGAGGAACCUGUGACUCACGUGAGUGAGAGCAUUGGCAUCAUGGAGGUGAAAGUAUUGAGAACAUCUGGAGCUCGAGGAAAUGUUAUUGUUCCAUAUAAAACCAUCGAAGGAACUGCCAGAGGUGGAGGUGAGGAUUUUGAGGACACCUGUGGAGAGCUCGAAUUCCAGAAUGAUGAAAUUGUCAAAACAAUAUCAGUCAAGGUAAUUGAUGAUGAGGAGUAUGAGAAAAACAAGACCUUCUUCCUUGAGAUUGGAGAGCCCCGCCUCGUGGAGAUGAGUGAGAAGAAAGCCCUGUUAUUGAAUGAGCUUGGUGGCUUCACAAUAACAGGAAAAUACCUGUAUGGCCAACCUGUCUUCAGGAAGGUUCAUGCUAGAGAACAUCCGAUUCCCUCUACUGUAAUCACCAUUGCAGAUGAAUAUGAUGACAAGCAGCCACUGACCAGCAAAGAAGAAGAGGAGAGGCGCAUUGCAGAAAUGGGGCGUCCCAUCCUGGGAGAGCACACCAAGUUGGAAGUGAUCAUUGAAGAAUCCUACGAAUUCAAGAGUACCGUGGACAAGCUCAUUAAGAAGACAAACCUGGCCCUGGUGGUUGGGACAAACAGCUGGAGAGAACAGUUCAUUGAAGCUAUCACUGUCAGUGCUGGGGAAGAUGAUGAUGAUGAUGAAUGUGGGGAAGAAAAGCUGCCCUCCUGUUUUGAUUAUGUGAUGCACUUUCUGACUGUGUUCUGGAAGGUCCUCUUUGCCUUCGUUCCUCCUACUGAAUACUGGAAUGGCUGGGCGUGUUUCAUUGUCUCCAUCCUCAUGAUUGGCCUACUGACAGCUUUCAUUGGAGACCUGGCCUCACACUUUGGCUGCACCAUUGGCCUGAAAGAUUCUGUGACUGCAGUUGUGUUCGUCGCACUUGGGACAUCAGUGCCAGACACAUUUGCCAGCAAAGUGGCAGCCACCCAGGACCAGUAUGCAGACGCCUCCAUAGGUAACGUCACAGGCAGCAACGCGGUGAACGUCUUCCUGGGAAUCGGUGUGGCCUGGUCCAUCGCUGCCAUCUACCACGCAGCCAAUGGGGAACAGUUCAAAGUGUCCCCUGGCACGCUAGCUUUCUCUGUCACUCUCUUCACCAUUUUUGCUUUCAUCAAUGUGGGGGUGCUGCUGUAUCGGCGGAGGCCAGAAAUCGGAGGUGAGCUGGGUGGGCCCCGGACUGCCAAGCUCCUCACAUCCUGCCUCUUUGUGCUCCUAUGGCUCUUGUACAUUUUCUUCUCCUCCCUGGAGGCCUACUGCCACAUAAAAGGCUUCUAAAGGAACUAUCAGAUAUAGUAAAUUUAUAUAUAUAUAUAUAUAUAGACAUAUAUAUAUACAUAAAAAAUUAUGUAUAACGAACAGAGGAAACUGACAUUUGUCAUGUUCACUUACCUGCUGAUGGAAUCCAGCUUCAAGAGCAUAACUCUCUGUACUAGGGCCGAAGUCAAAAACGAUCACCUCCCAUUCCCAGAGGCAUCAUCAUGUUGAACAAGGCACGGAGGCAGGGCCAUCUUUGCAGCUCGGUCUAGAAGGGCUGCACUCUUUCCAGGUUCAUAAAUCCUUAAGGCUUUGAUUUGUUUUCUUGAUUUUGAUUUUGUUUUCAGAGGGGCUGGGGAGGUAGUUGAUGUUUGGCUUUGUUUUUGUUAUUUUGUUGUGUUUUGUUUUGUUGGGAGGGUCAGGGUUGUUGCUUUUCUUUGUGGGAAGUGAAACCAUCCAAAUGUAAAUGGGUUUUUGGUCAAAAUCUAAAUCACUGAGAUUCCCCCUCACCUCCCCCAACCACUUAAAAAAUUAUUUUGGAUUAAGAAAAAAUCUGGGCAUGGAAGAAGAAAGAAGCAUGUCUUCAUUGUAUUAACAAAGUUCAUGCUUAUCUCCAGAAUGUGAGCAGAGGUGAAGCUGCCUCCAAGAAGCAUGAGAGCGGAAUGGAGCCAGGAAAUCUGAUGUUUUUAGAUGUAGGCUGACAUUUAAGGAUGUGAUGCCUGGCACUCUUGUUUAACAGGUACAGGGAAAAUGUGCCUAGAAUCCCAGGAACAUGCAAAAUGCUUUCUUUCUCAUCUGUUUAGCUCUGGACUGUGAUUAGCAAGGCCCUUCUUCUAGCAUCCAGCCCAGCUAAGCCCCCAUUUGCCCCAUCCCUGCCCUGUUCCUCCUGUCCACCUGCCAUCCCCUAUGCAAACAGGAACAAUAACCCCAUCCAAAAACCACAUCAUCCUUCUCCAUUUGCAUUAAUACAUGUCCCAGUCCCAUGUUGCUGUUGCUUGGGAUUGUCUUGUCAGUUUUAUUUUCAAAGGCAUCCAUGGCUUGCACCAUCCUGUUCCAGUCAUGACUGAACAUUUGCUCCUUCUACAUGUGCCUGUUCGGAAAUGUUGUGAUACCUGUUACACAGUGCAUGGAUGAAAAACAAAUAAAACAAAGCGUAUCUGUAUAUAGUAGAGUACAUACUGUUCUCCCAUUCGGCAAUGUUGAUUGGACAUUGAAGACAUAAGUGAGUUUUCUUUUCACCUGAGUUGUUACUUUUGUGUUGUUAUUGAGUUUGAUUAAUUACUAGGGAUAAAAGGAGAAAGUGGCUUAUUGUUCAAGGUUCUGCACAUUCAUUUCUAAGAAGCAAUAACUGUCAUGUGGGGUAAAGUUAAAGUUAUUGAGAGGAUAGCAGGCAAACUUCAAAGGGCUUGGUGGAAAAUUAGCCAUGUGGAACACAUCAGAGGCCUCUAAAAAGCACUCAUUCAUUCAGGAAGGCCAAGGAGAGAGGCCUUAAAGAGAUGUGGAUAUGUUGCAGGUGCCUAGGCUUUCCGAGCCACCCUUUCCACAGCACCCCUCCCUGCAAAGUAUUUAUUUCACAUCUGCACUGCCCGGCCAAGAUGGUAGAUAGUGCUGGUUUGUUCAUUUUAUUUUUUUACAUAAAAAGUAUUUUGAGCCCUGUGUCUUUCACUGUCCCGUCUAGUUCCCUCUGAUUAUAUCAGUAGUUCCUGAAUAAGAAAGAAGCCAGGGUGACCAAUGGGCCUUUAAAAGUGUGUCUCCUUUACUCACGAUGAAAGAGAAGGCAAUUAAGUAAGAGUAGAACCUCCCAGGAGGAUUAGACUGGGAUGCUUUUAACCCUUUAAAAAGAAUCGCUGUUUCUCUUUUAAGACACCAAAGAACAUGGAUAAACCCAACAUUCCAAAGUAGUGAGUCCACUAAUGAGAAAAAGAUAUAAUGACUUUGGUCACCUCUCAGAGACUUCUGUGUCUAUAAGGAAUCCCGGGCUGGAGAAACCCCCAGCCCUCUUAAUACUUAAUAAAUUAAAGCCAUUGAGACUUAUUUUUUCUUCUUUCACUCAGUAACCAUGAUUCCUCAUCAUUUACUAGACAUUUAUUUGGUGACUGAAUGAGUAAUUAAGUGCUGGUUACCCACUCAAUGUGCCAGGGAGUAUGAUACUUUCUGGGGACUAUGCCAUGAACAAAACAGUCUAGAUCCCUGCCCUCAGAAGGUUUACAGUUAAUGUGAUUACCAUUUUCAUGAGUAAAAGUGAAGAAAGCCAUAUGGAAAGAUCUUUAUCUUGCAAGAAAGAAACAAAAACAAUUAUGAAACUCUUUUAACAUAAACACACUGAAACGUUAUGAAAGCAAUUUUCUAAAUUGUAUUUAUACCCAAGAUUUUCUUUAAGAGAGCAUGAAAUGUAAGUUUGGAAAAGCACCCCCUUUACCCUUGACCCAAUGCACAUCUCUCCAUUUGAAGCCGAGAAGGGCAGUCGUGUUGGUGAUCCAGAUCACUGAGAAGGCCCAGUUUAGCCCAUCUUACAUCUUUGUUGGCAGUAAUACUUUUCUGGGGCCCACACCUUUAUGAUUCUUUAUCUGUCAUUCUAAACCAUCCUUCCCAUCCUUUUUUUUUUUUUUUUUUUUUUUGAGAUUUUCUAAAUGGAAAGCUAGCCUAGAAGCACCAAGUAAAUAUACUCAAGGAAUGUAAGUUGUUUAAACAUUAGAAAGAUUUUUGCACUCAUUUUUUAGCUGUAUUAGGAAUGUCAAUAAUCUUGUAGCAAAUUUUCACAGAGAACUUGAAGAAAUUCUGGCAUUGGUCAAUUUCCAUUUGAAAGCUUUUUGGUUUGGUUGCUUUUUAAAUUUUUAUAUCCUAGGAAACUAUGAUUCUGGUUGUUCCGGAUUGUUAUUAUUAUGGUUGUGUAAAAUUUUAUUUUGUUUGAUUAUUUUAUUUUGUGUGUAUUGUGCACAGCUUUACGGGGGAAGUGCACUAAUUGUGCUGUUCCUUAUAAAUGGUACACAUUACUGACACAGACAAAUAAAGUUUCUAAUUGUUUCUGAUUUCAUCACUAGUGAUACAGCAUAUUCAGUAUGGAAUGUUUUCUGUCUUCUCAUUGUCAUCUACUUCAUUUUUUGUUUUCAUGUUUCAAAGAAAUAAAAACCAAAAUG